AUGGCAGAAAACGUUCCGCCGACAACCACCGCCGGCCAAAAUAGCACCACCGCCAACCCCGCUGGUUCGGGCCCAGAACAGAUGCAGAAUCGCGGGAUACCAUAUUAUGAGAAGCUGAGACGAGAACUGAGAGAGACAAUACAGAAGAAACGGUUGAUGGAUAAGAAUAUGGCCGCCCUAGAAGAAUCAAUCUAUCGCUUUGAGCAAUCCUACCUCGAAGAAACCGGUGCCGGAAACAUCAUAAAGGGAUUCGACAAUUACAUAAAAGGCGCAUCAGGCGUGUCCGGAAUAGGGACAGGGAGCAGCCUCGGAUCCGUGGCUGGCGGUGGCGCAGGUGGCUCCGGUGGUGGUGGUCCGAUGACGCGAAGAAAGACAGCGGUUCAGGAUUGCGAUAGAGUGUUUUCGAGGAGUUCUGCGAGUUUUAUGAGGGACUCCCCCGCCCCCUCCAGCGCAAACACAACCCCCUCCCACGCACCCACGCCAACCUCCGCCUCCAUCCCCGGCACAAACGCUAAUAGAGAUACUAAUACACCUAAUAAUAAUAACAAUAAUAAUAAUUCCGCCCCCAGCAGCAUCAAGGGAGGAACGAGCAGUAAUAAGAAGAAUAAAAAGGCUGCUUCAGGCAAUGCGAGCGCGAACAUCAACACGAAUACCAAUGCCAAUGCUGAUGGGCAGUCUGCUGGUGGGAGGGGGAGGGAGAGGGAUGAUGGCGAUGAUGCGGAGAGUGGUGGGAAUAAGCAGCCUGUUAAGAGGUUGAAGAUUACGUAUGGGCGGGAUUGA